AUUGUCUGCGAUCCGCCAAUCAAUUUCUAAGAAGAAGAACACUGUUUCCGGGGCGGGACUUCGGUAUUCAAUGGCUGCGCCCUCGUGUCAUGCGUGAACGUGUCAGUGGCUUGUGCAACUGGAAUCCCGACAGCAAGUAAAGAAACAUGAAGACCAAAGGCAUUCAAAACAAGCGCCCAUCCAGCGGAAAGAAAUCACUUAAACGGGGGAUUCAUGUUAAAGGCACAUGGAAAGCGAUAGAUGUCGACCCUAGUUUCUUCUCAGAAGAGGGCAUGGGUGGCCUCGUGUGUUUCGAGGAGUUGACAGACUACCGUCUGAUUGACCCUACCAAGGCGGAAGCAGCAGCAGAAAAGGAGGCACUAAAGAAGGAGAAGAGGAAGGAGAGGAGGAAGGCUAAGAAAAGAAAAGCGCGAGGGGAAGAGGCCGUUGGAGAUGAGCAAGAGGCCGUUGGAGAUGAGCAAGAGGCCGUUGGAGAUGAGCAAGAGGCCGUUGGAGAUGAGCAAGAGGCCGUUGGAGAUGAGCAAGAGGCCGUUGGAGAUGAGCAAGAGGCCGUUGGAGAUGAGAAAGAGACCGGUGUCGAAAUUGGCGAAAAAGAAGAAACCUCUGAUAAACCACCCAAAAAGAAAAGGAAGAAAAAAUUGAAGCAACUGCCUGAAGGAGAUCGCAGACAGCCGGACAGCUCUGCAGGUGAUGAGGUGAAAAGUGAAGCUCAGGAUCAGGAUGAGCGGAAGGAAAACAGCGAACAGAGUGUGGAAGAGAGUGCGUCUAAAGAAGUAGAUGUGGUUCCGGAGAAGGCGGCUCCUACACAACCUGGUAAUGCAAAGAGCAAGAAGAGAAAGAGAAAUAGGAAAAAGAAGAGACAACUUGAAAAACCGACUGAAGUACAAAAUACAGAUGAACAAACAGAAGCAGAGGAGACGGACCUUACAUCUCAAACAACAUCAAAGCCACCCCCCCAGGAAAAAGUGUCUGUACUCUCAAAAAAGAAACAAAAGAAUUGGACCAACGCAGGUCUUUCUGGUUCUUCUGAGCAAUGCGCAGAUGUGAGUGCCUGGAAGGAUCUGUUUGUUCCUGCCACGGUGCUCGAGGCACUGAGCAGUCUUGGAUUCGGUUCCCCCACUCCAAUUCAAGCUUUGGUGUUACCUUCCGCUAUCAGAGACCAGAUGGACAUCGUGGGAGCAGCGGAGACAGGCAGUGGCAAGACAUUGUCUUUUGCUAUCCCCAUGAUCCAUACCAUCCUGGAAUGGAAGAAGGGCUCCGAGACGCCGGACGAGGAUGGAGCAGAGGUGCCAGCAGAAGCACCGUGGGAGAGUCUGUACCUUCCCACUCUGGAGACUGCAGGAGAGGGCAGCGCUGCAGCAGAUGACUGUGGAGAGACUGGGGCGGCCGUCUCCACGGAGACCAGGGAUGAGAGCGCAGUGCCUGGAAGUGAGGAAGCCACAGAGGGAGAGGAGGAGGGUACGGCAGAGGAGGGGGAGGGAAUGGCAGAACCAGAGGAAGAUGACACGCAGGAUCCAGACAGCGUCUGUGACGACGAUGACGCCAAUCAAGAUGAGGAAGAGGAGGGUGAGAGUGGAGAUGAACAGAUGGGGUGUGUGAAGGUUAUCGAGGAUGUCGAUUUUGACUUUGACGACACGGCCGAAGAUAAGGAGGCUCUGAAAGCCAGUCAGAACCAGCCUCUGCUGGGUCUGGUCCUCGCCCCCACCAGAGAGCUCGCUGUCCAGGUGAAGCACCACAUCGAUGCUGUGGCAAAGUUCACAGGUAUCAGGACGGCAAUCGUGGUGGGUGGGAUGGCUCAGCAGAAGCAGGUCAGGAUGCUGAAGCGCCGGCCUGAGAUCGUAAUCGCCACCCCAGGACGCCUGUGGGAGCUGAUCAAGGAGAAGCACCCUCACCUGGUGAACCUCAGACAGAUAAGGUGCCUUGUCAUUGAUGAAGCCGACCGCAUGGUUGAAAGAGGCCAUUUCGCUGAGUUGGAGAGCUUGCUGGAAAUGCUAAACACGAUCCACUUCAACCCCAAGAGGCAGACGUUUGUGUUCUCCGCCACCCUCACGAUGGCUCACAGCCUGCCAACCCGCGUGCUGCAGAAGAAAGGAAGGAGGCUGGAUCAGAGGAGCAAGAUCGAGACCCUCAUGGACAGAGUAGGGAUCAAGUCCAAGCCCAAAGUCAUCGACCUGACCCGAAAGGAGGCCACAGUGGAGAGCCUGACUGAGACACGGAUCCACUGCAGUAAAGAGGAGAAGGACUUCUUCCUGUACUACUUCCUGCUGCAGUACCCGGGCCGGACCAUGGUGUUUGCCAACAGCAUCGACUGCAUCAAGAGGCUCAACUCCCUGCUGGUCAUCUUGGAAAUCACCCCCCUUCCGCUGCAUGCUAACAUGCAUCAGAAACAGCGCCUAAAGAACUUGGAGAGGUUUGCGGAGAGGGAGAGUUCGGUUCUCCUGACCACUGACGUUGCUGCAAGAGGUCUAGAUAUCCCAAAUGUUCAACAUGUCAUUCACUAUCAGGUCCCCAGGACGUCGGAGACGUACGUUCAUCGUAGUGGCCGGACAGCGAGAGCCGCUAAAGAGGGGCUCAGCUUGCUCCUGGUUGGCCCCGACGACAUGAUGAACUUCAAGAAGAUCUACAGGGCCCUCGGGAAGGACGAGGAGCUCCCUGUGUUUCCCGUUCAGAGCAACUGCAUGGCAGCUAUCAAGGAGCGGGUCAACAUGGCCAGGAAGAUCGAGAAGGAGGAGUACCACAACAGCAAAGAGAAGCAACACAACUCCUGGUUCCAGCAAGCAGCAGAAGCCCUGGAGGUGGACCUCGACGAGGACCUUUUACUUGGUGGGAGGAAGGAUGAGGAGGAUGAGCGUCAACAGCAGAAGAUGGUGAAGGGAAUGAAGAGGCAUCUUAAACACCUCCUCUCUCAGCCGGUCUUCAAAAACGUGAUGAAGACCAGGUACCCCACUCAGAUGGGCAAGCUGUCCCUGCCCCAGUUGCCCCUGGCUGGCGUGGAAACGGCUCUGACCAGCGUCUCCAUCCAGAGGAAGAAACAAAAACUCAAGAAAAAAACAUCCCCAGUGACUUGAUAAGAAUGUCCACGAGAAGACCGGGAGGUUGUUUUGUCUUUCUUUUUUUUUAUGUAAAUGAAAAUACAAAACAAAAUGCAA